AGAAAGGAGGAGGAGGAGCGGUUGACACUGUCCUUAUUUUCUCGUCCUUUUUCCCUCGUGCGUCCCCUCCCGAGACUGUAGAGGAGACAGUGCCGAGGGGAACAUAAGGCCUUGAGUGCCAGUGUGUGCUCUUUAAAUUGGAGAAAACGACAAGGCAUUGAUGAGAAAAACAAGCAAUGGCAGGACAGUUGUGGCACUAAUUGAGAUCUGUGCCGAGAGGACCAUGAAGCCUUGAGUGCCAGCUUGUGUUGUUAAUAUGGGUGAUAAUGACAGAACAGUGACGGGGAGAGAAAGCAAUAGGGGAACAACCAUGGCACUAAUAGAGAUCUGUGCCGAGAGGACCAUGAAGCCUUGAGUGCCAGUUUGUGUUGUGUAUAUGGGUGAUAAUGACAGAACAGUGACGGGGAGAGAAAGCAAUAGGAGAACAACCAUGGCGCUAAUUGAGUUCUGUGUCGAAAAGGAUCCCAAUAUUCUUAGUUCCAGUUUGUGUUGCUUAGAUUGAUGAUGAUGGCAAGACAUGGAUGAGAAGAUAAAAGUAAUGCAAGUACGAUCAUGGCACUAAUAAUAAACAGUGCCAAAAAGGAUCGCAACCGUUUGAGUGCCAUGCGGUGGUUCUAAAACUAUUGGUGGGAACAGUACUGUCAUGGGAAGAAAGUAUAUUGGCAGUACAGUUUUGGCACUAGUAAUGAGCAGAGCCAGGAGGGAUCACAGCAUUUUGAGUGCCAUGUGGUGCCUAAACGGAUGAUAAAAAUGAUGAUGUAAUGGGAAGACUGGCAGUACAAUUGUGGCACCAGUGGAGAACAGUGCCAAGUGGACUAUAAUCUCAUUAGUGCCAAGUGUUUGAAUGAAGGAUUAUGACUGAAGUGAUGGGAGGGAAAAAUAGCGCCAGUACAGUGUUGGCACCAAUGGAGAGACAAUGCCAAUAGGACCACAAACCAUUAGUGCCAAGUGUUGUUUAAAUGAAGGAUGAUGACUGCAGUGAUGGGAGAAGACAGUGGCACCAGUACAGUGUUGGCACCAAUGGAGAGACAGUGCCAAUAGAACCACAAACCAUUAGUGCCAAGUGUUGUUUAAAUGAAGGAUGAUGACUGCAGUGAUGGGAGAAGACAGUGACACCAGUUCAGCGUUGGCACCAGAGAGCAGUGCCACGGGUACCACCAAACCCUCGGUGCCGGUACAUGCCUGUGAGGUGUGUGGGCGGGUGUUUGGGCGGCGCAGCAACCUCUCGCGCCACCAGCGAAUUCACAGCGGAGAGAAGCCAUUCACCUGCCCCGAGUGCCAGCGUUCCUUCACCCACCGCAGCUCCCUAAAACACCACCUCAGGCUGCACACGGGGGAGCGGCCGUACCAGUGUUCGCUGUGCCCCCGAACCUUCCGACAGCGGCCCAACUACACCCUACACCUCAAGACACACACCGGCGACAAGGACUUCCGCUGCCACAUCUGCGGGAAGGAGUUUGCCCAGCGCGUCCACCUCACCACCCACGCCCGCCUGCACUCUGGGGACCUUCCGUAUGCCUGCCAGGACUGUGGUCGGAGGUUCCCCCAGCGGUGCCACCUCACCUGCCACCGGGACACACGCAGGGGCCAGGCCAAGCACUCGUGUGACCUCUGUGAUAGACGGUUCUUCUCUCGCUCAUGUCUGGCGGCACACAAGCAGACUCACAAGGGAGGGACACAGGCCAAGGGGGUGAAGAGGCAGCGCAGCGAUGUCCAGGAGGAGGGUCUGGGGUUGGGGAGGAAGAGGACCGAAGGGGGGAAGGUUACAUGGGGUGAUAGAGGAGAGGAUGAUAAGGAAAAGGAGGAUAGGUGUAGAAAAGGUGUUGGUGAUAGCUCUCAGGGGCAGGAUAGAGCAGAGGACAUGAAGGGGAAGACUGCAGGGGAUAGCACUAAGGGGGAGAGGGUUACAUGGGGUGAUAGACCAGAGGAUGAUAAGGAAAAGGAGGAUAGGUGUAGAAGAGGUGUUGGUGAUAUCUCUCAGGGGCAGAAAAUAGUGAAGGACUUGAAGGAGAAGACUGUAAGGAAUAGUGUUAAGGAUGAGGAUGGGGCAGAGGGCAGGGAUGAGGGGAAGGAUGUAGAUUGGGAUGAGGACAGAGACAAAGGGAGGGAUAGACAUCAUAGCUAUAAGGGGCUACAUGGGGAGGAAAACAGAGGCAAGGGGAGGGAUAGAGAUCACUUCAAAGGGCUGCAUGGGGAGGAGAACAGAGGCAAGGGGAGGGAUAGAGAUCACUUCAAAGGGCUGCAUGGGGAGGAAAACAGAGGCAAGGGGAGGGAUAGAGAUCACUUCAAAGGGCUGCAUGGGGAGGAAAACAGAGGCAAGGGGAGGGACAGAGAUCACUUCAAGGGGCUGCAUGGGGAGGAUCACAGAGGCAAGGGGAAGGAUGUAGUUUGGUAUAAGGACAGAGAAAAAGCUGUAGGCGUUAACCAUAAGAAGCAGGGCAGGGAUGAGGUCAUGAAGGGGACAAAUAUAGGCGAUAAAUUCAUCAUUCAGGGCGAGGAUAACAGUGACAAGGAUAAGGACUUGAGUGACAGCCAUAGAAAGGGUGAAGCUGAGGGUGAGCCUGUUUGUAAGGGCAGGGGAAGGAAGGUACAGGCCGUGGAGUGUGAGGUAUACCACAAGACCUUCCGAAAACCCUCCCGUCUCUGCCACCACCGCCCCACCCACACCGGGGAACAACCACACCAGUGCCCCCAGUGUGACCGCAGGUUCUCCCAUGUCUGGAGUCUGCGCCGGCACCUACUGGCACUACACAGCAAGGCAAAGCUCCCCCACACCCACACCCACACCCAUGGCAAGAUUAGAUCGUCAGUAAUGGACACACCCAACACCCAUGGCAAUAUACCCACCCACGCACCCACCCUCACAUACACCCAUGGCAGGAAUAGGCCUUCAGUAACACCCACACCCAACACCCAGGACAGUACACCCGCCCACACACACACCCUCACCCACACACAAAGCGAUUCACACACCCACACUCACAAACACUCAUUAACACCCACACCCAACACCCACACGCCCACCCUCACACCCACACAAAGAGACUCAGGAAGAAUCUCACACACUCAUCUCACCCCUGACCAAACCACACCCUCCCCAACACACUCAGGACACACACCCACCCUCACACCCACCAAGCACACCCAAAACAGGACUGGUGAGUGUUCCAGUGAGGUUAUGUCUCCACACCUCACCAAGAACAGAGAUACAGAAACUAGUCUUGAGGAGCUCUCGUCCAUCCCUAAUACAUGCUCUUCGUUGGGUGUGGGAGGAAAUAAGAGCAGUGAAUGUGUUGGUGAGGUUAUGUCUCCACCCGUCACUAAGAACAGACGUGCAGAAACUAGUCUUGAGGAGCUCUCGUCCAUCCCUAAUACAUGCUCUUCGUUGGGUGUUAAAGGAACUAAGAGUGAUGAGUGUACCGACAGCUCAUCAGGUACCCACAGGACACGGGUGCCAGGCGUACAUCAACAGAAUGGCACUCCUAUCUCUCAGAGCGUUACUUUACCCCUUCACCUCAGCACACUACCUCAAAGAACAGAAACACAAAGGGAUGACCUGUGCUCUCCCACCCUCCUAUACCCCAGCACCUCCAUGCCAUGGGUCACAACUCACGGUCUGACCCUUAAGGAAGACCCAGAGCAUAAGGUCAUUAAGACAGAGGUCAUAGAUGAUGUUAAAGAGGACCUUGCAGUUGGUAUAAGGGAGGUGGAUGGUCUAGGUAAACAGGAAAGCAAGGGAGAGCAUACCAGGCUUUGUUCCUUUCCCCUCACAGCCCAGCCAUUGGUAGCUGUGAGUCUGUUCAUGUUUGGGAAGAGAGUUAAGGAGGAGACAGAGGAGGAGACAGAAGGGGAGGGAGAACUGAGUGUGAAGGAGGAGUUUGAGAUGGUGGAGGAAGCUGUGUAGAAGGGGGCCUGCAUAGAGACUUGCCCAGAGCGACCCCCGGGCCUGGCAUUGUAGGGUGGGUGAGGCAGCGUGCCCCUCGGUGUGUUCCCCCAUCGAUUGAUUGAUUGAUAUAAGGCUGUGUGUGUCGAGAAAGAGUCUUAAGUGGUAUGGGAUGCUGUGUAUAGUUAAUUGUGAAGGAAGGAAGGGGGCAAGAUGUCCAGACCUUAUCUCCCGCAGUACAGUAUACACCAAUGUUGCAAGAAUGUGCCUGUGCAGUCCCCCAGUGAACGCCUCUGUAGCUGUAUGGUAGUAAAGCUCCAUUCACCAGCCUGCAA